CAUCUCGACCAUUUCGACUACUUAACAAAUCUUCAUUAAAUACUUAAAAGAAAAUCAGAAAUAUGCUCUUCAUCAGACAGGAACACAUCAUGAGAUAUUUUCUGGUUCUUUUCUGGCUGAUCAGUUUACUUCCCGUCUCAGAUCAAGGAAAAUAUCAUCUUACUGGUUCUGAAGAGCCAAUAAAGGCACAAGUGGGAUCCAACGUUGUUCUACCAUGUCUUGUGAAGCCUGCAGUUAAUGCGAGCAACGCUACAGUCGAAUGGAUGGUCGACUCCAGUAAAACUGUUCACUUGUUCCGUAAUGAAGCUGAUGAACGAGAAUCUCAAGACGACAGAUACAAAGAUCGAACUUAUCUCAACCAUGCAAUGCUUGAACAUGGUAACGUUUCCCUCAAGUUGUCCAACGUAACUAAGAACGAUGAAGGGAUUUACAGCUGCUUGGUUCUCCGUCUGCCUGGUCAUAAUAAGCCAGAAGACAAAAAUGUUACUCUGGUUGUUGUUGAUGGAAAAGAAAAUGAAAACCCUGAAGGACAUUCUGGAGUACCUGCUGGAGUUAUUGUUGGUGUUGUUGUUGUUAGUGUUGGUGUUGUUGUGGGAGCACUCAUUAUCAUCCUCAUCUGUGUUCUAUGUUGGUGGAAACGUAAACAAAUUUUUCCAUGCUGGAACAACAACUCUCAAAAUGAACAAGUGAGAAAUGAUGGAGAUCACAGAGGAAAUGGUAACCAAGGAGAUGGAGAAAUACCUUUACAGAACCUGGAACAACCAAACCAAAGUGUCUGAAUCAUCCAUCCUGAUCUGAAAUCUCUUCAAUCUCUUGUUGGUGCUGGUGCUUUAUCUCUAGCGGACACUUUGGGUGAGAGGCGGGGUCACCCUGGACAGGUCGCCAGUCUGUCACAGAGGUCAGAAUAUUACUCUGACAAAUCACAAGUCUUUAUUGGGGAUGUCGUUAAUCUUGUAUGUAAAAAUUGUAUUUUGUAUUAUUAAAGCAAAGUUCAAUAUGUGUUUUCAGACCUGAGAUGUUUUACCUGAACAAAUUUAAAAUGGAGCAGGAAGCAGAGCGGCCAUUUUGUCUAAGCCAACCUGUUUGUCCUGUUAUUAGCAGCCAGUCAAAGGAAAAACAAACCAAAACAUGAAGCUACAAAUAUGAGUUAUAUAAAAGUAACAAGUUAUAGGUAGUUAUGAGUUACAACAACAUUUAAGUUGGAAUCAAUAAGUAUUUUUGACUUUGAAUUCUGAAUGUUGAGUCAAAUAAAUUGAACAAUUCACCAAAAUUAAGAUACAUUAUUUAAUGUUAAAAAGUCUAGUAACAUACAUGUAUAUACAUAUAUGUAUGUUAGUAGAUACAUGUAACAUACAUAUAUCUAGUAACAUUAGCAUAUCUAGUAAUGUUACUAGAUACCUUUCUAGUAUAUAGUAACAGAUACCAGAUCUAAUGUUAAACCAUCCAUUAUAACUUCU